AUGGUGGCCACUGAUAUCUUCAUCUAUUUUUACAGUGGUGUCGAAUUCGCUACACGCUCAAUUCAAGUUGACUCGAAGACAAUUAAAGCCCAGAUCUGGGAUACCGCCGGACAGGAGCGUUACCGUGCCAUCACUUCCGCCUACUACCGCGGUGCUGUUGGAGCUCUCCUCGUCUACGAUAUCAGCAAACAUCAGACCUACGACAAUGUGACUCGGUGGUUGAAAGAGUUGCGUGAUCACGCCGACUCGAACAUCGUUAUCAUGUUGGUUGGAAAUAAGAGUGAUUUGAGACACCUUCGUGCUGUGCCUACGGAAGAUGCCAAGCAAUUUGCCAGCGAGAACAACCUGUCAUUUAUCGAGACUUCGGCCCUCGACGCUAGCAACGUUGAGCUUGCUUUCCAGAACAUCCUGACAGAAAUCUAUCGUAUCGUAUCAAGCAAGGCCCUGGACCAGGGUGAGGGUGGACAAAACCCACUCAGCGACCGCCGUCAAGUCGUGGAAAUAAGCAAGACUCAAGAUACGGAGACAAAACAGGGAUGCUGUUAA